AUGGUGAUCGACCUGGAUCCUGCAUCCGAUGUUGUCUUUGCAAAUCGCAGCCAGGCAAACUUGAGUAAAAUGCUAUGGGAGGAUGCGCUCCUCGACGCGGACAAGGUCACCGAACUCAAUCCUUCGUCUCACAUUGGAUUCCAGUUGGCGCACGCAGCGCUGCGUGGCGCGCAACGUUACGAUGAAGCCAUGGAGGCCUUCACGAUCAUGUUGUCAAAGUUGGACGAAGCUCCCGAAGCUCACAUACGAGAUCUGCGUCAGCAGUACGUCUGUCCAUCCGAGGCGGAAGACGCUAUUCGGAAAGCAGUUAUAAUUGAACUCACCAACGCCCCCCUUCGUCUGCUCAACACCUCCACGGGAAUUCUGUGCGACAGAGCAGCACAGCUAAACUCCUUCAAGACGAGUCCAGAAUACAAGGAGCUUUUGUCAUUCAUAACAAAGCGAUCGGAUCUCCAAAUGGAACGCAUCAAGGAGGUGGUGACGAUGCACUUCCGUUGCGUUUUGCUAUCACACAGGUGGGAAGAGAGGGAGGCGCUGCUGCACCACAUCCAGGAUAAAGAUGUGCGCAAGUUGAAGGGAGUUGGCGGGAUCACGAAACUGCAGUCGUUCUGCAAAGUCACUCGUGAUGCGGGGUAUAGCUGGGCGUGGAUGGAUACAUGCUGCAUCGACAAGAGCAACAACGUCGAGCUUCAAGAAUCGGUCAAUUCCAUGUUCGUCUGGUACCAUCACUCGGCGCUUACCAUAGUCUACCUAUCCGAUGUCCCUCCUUCAUCCCAACCCGGCGCACUGGCGAGCAGUGUUUGGAAUGAGCGAGGAUGGACCUUUCAAGAAUUAGUGGCUCCGAAAGUCCUUAUAUUUUAUCAGAAGGAUUGGUCAUUAUAUCGCAACGAUCGCUCUCCCAACCACAAAGAGUCCCCAGAAAUCAUGAAGGAGUUGGAGGGUGCCACGGGAAUAGAUCCACAGGCCCUGCUAUCCUUCCAUCCAGGGGUGAGAGAUGCUAGACAGAAACUGCAAUGGGCAUCGAAGCGCGUCACCACUGUGCAGGAAGACACCGCGUACUCGUUAUUUGGUAUUUUCGACGUCCACUUACCUGUCAUCUAUGGUGAGAGGAAGCAGAGCGCGCUCGGGCGGCUCCUGCAGGAUAUUGUGUCUCGGUCGGGCGACAUCACCGCCCUGGACUGGGUCGGACAAUCGUCCGAGUUCAAUAGUUGCCUUCCAGCCGACAUCAUCUCAUAUGCAACCCCGCCAUGCUCCCUACCAUCACUGUCUGAAGAUGAGAUUCAGACAGCGGUCUCUUCGUUGCGAAACAUCGUGGCUGUUGACUUAGCUUCUAAACUGUAUAACAUGCUCGAGGACAUGAAUGCUCCCCUCUUCGCCAACAGCAGACUCCGUCUACCUUGCAUCGCAUUCCGGGUCACAGAAGUCAAACGGAGGCGCGGUGACGCUACUCAUUCCACGUAUGGAGUGAAAGCAAAUGGGCUUUGGAACUUGGUGAUCACCACGGACGAGACACUAAAACAGUUCUCGCGCGCAAAGCCUACUGGACAGACGUUCUUUCUUGUCCGCCCAUGGGAUCGUCGCCUCCUUGAGCUGCCUGACUUUGCAGACGAAGCGGAGAGCGUGGGAGAUUUGUCCGAGUCCGAGUCGUCCAGCAACUCACCUGGAGAAGAGGAGUCGUCAGUUGGCUCGGAAGUUGACUCGCGAUCAUUGCGUUUGAUGGUUCACCUUGGGCAGGCUUUCAGCGCACUCUUGGUAGCGCAGCAACGCGUUGGAGAGUACAAGAGGGUCGCUUCGGACCGUAAUAUCAUUGCGCAGGUGAAAGACCCGGCUUCGAUUGACGUUUUGAAUAUCAGGACCCUAGACAUAUUGUAG